CCUUGGGCAUUAAACAAAUCCUAAUGAGCUGCGACUGCGUUUGCUUUAGCUAAUUGACCUCAUUGGCCUUCAUAAACCACCUGGCAAACAUCCCAGCUAAUGAUUGCCAGAGGACGGACUGUGGCCCACCAGUGUGCAGAGAGAGAGUCCCCCCACCCCCCACCUCCACCCUCUCAGGACCCAAGACCACAUCCUCCAGCUGCCUGCUGGGAGCUCUUGGGAUCUGGCCUGCUGCUCACCCAGCCCCUAAGCAGUGUGUGCUGGGUCAACUCAGGGGAGUGAAGAUGGGCAGUGCUGGGGGGCGGCUCUCCCACCCCCCCCCCCUGGACUGUGCACCUGGGUCCACACCAGGGGGCGGCACAGAUGGGCUCUAGGCUCUGGAUCCAGGGAAUAUCCUUGGAUAUUUGUGCCAAGUCAGUGGCAAGCAGGACCCAGGUCACUUCCAUGAGAAGGAACAGGAGUCAGGAGCCCGAGAGUCCAGCUUCAUCCGUGCCCCUGGGACUGGCUCACAGGGGAGCUCCCUGCAGGUGGGGGCAGGGGUGAGCAGUGGUCGUCUGGAUUCUGUGGGGGGCCUGGGGCUGCAGACGCCCGAGUCCUGCUACAAGGAGGCUCUCCUUGCAAGGGCCAGGCUGUGGGCCAAGCCCUCCAUUAGCAGGGGUCUCCUUUGGCCAAGAGGACAGUGCUCACCAGAUCUCCAAGCUGACCGCAGGGUGGAGUGGUGGGAAUUGUGGUCUCACGGGGUCUCCCACUCGCCCCACAUGUGGUAAGGUCCAGACAUCCCAUUCCUUCCUUCACUGGAGAGCUGUGAAGGGGCCACGCAGUCCCCAGGAGGGCCAUGGGAUCCCCACGCACAGGGAGUAGGAAGGAGGGUCAAGUCGCAGACUGAUGGCAGCCCCAGACUCAAGCCCUGGGCUCUCAGGUGAGCACGGACCACCAGCCUAUCCCUGGCUUCAUCUCCCCACCCCCACCUGCUGCCACCUAACAUGGCGGGCAUCAGUCACGGCCCCGACUCUCUGACCCGUUCCUUUAGCCAUGAAGCGGAGACAGGUACCUGAACUCUUCCUGCUUGAUGGGAAUAGCAAGACACCCUACACACAUUUUCCCAUUUAAUGUACACGGCUAGGAGGGUGCAUUCCUAAGGUCCCAGAAUAGGCGGUGGCAGAAUGAAGUCCACUUCAGUCCAGGAGCAAUGGCUCGCCCAGCACAGGGAGGAAAUGACAUCAGCUUGCAGGUUAAGCUAAGUCUCCUUUGCCAAGCUCUGGGGAAAACACUCAGCUUGCAAAAUAUAAAGCAGAACAGGGCCUGGUGCAUGGCAGGGGGAGGAACACAACAAAGAAGUCACAGUAGGUGGAGGGUGGCAGGGCAAGAUGGGUCGCAAGUACCUUCCGGCCCCUUCACCCCAAUAACCCCCCUAUCUGCCUCCCCCAACCCCCCGCUGAUGCACUUGAACUUGAAUUAGACAGGAUUAAAGGCUUAUCAGCACUGGAAACCUUGCCCCGACUCCCGAGCUGAGCCCCAGACCUUCUGUCUGGCGCCUGAGAAGGACGAGGGUGGAAGGCAGCCGUGCAGAGCGGGGCUGGGGCCUCGCACACCACAGCGGGAGCCUCUGUGUGGAAGCCAGGCCGCCGCCGGCAUCUCCACGAUGACACGAUGGAGCCUGCUCUUGUGCACGCUGCUCUGCGGCCUGGCUGGCCCCUCGCACCUCUUCCAGCCCAGCCUGGUGCUGGACAUGGCCAAGGUCCUCUUGGAUAACUACUGCUUCCCGGAGAACCUGAUGGGGAUGCAGGCGGCCAUUGAGCAGGCCAUGAAGAGUCAGGAGAUCCUGAGCAUCUCAGACCCCGAGACGCUGGCCCAGGUGCUCACGGUUGGGGUGCAGAGCUCCUUGAACGACCCGCGCCUGGUCAUCUCCUACGAGCCCAGCACCCUGGAGGUGCCCCGGCAGGCCCCAGCACCCAGCAACCUUACCCAGGAGGAGCUGCUGGCUUGGCUGCAGAAGAGUAUCCAACAUGAGAUCCUGGAACACAAUGUGGGCUACCUGCGGGUGGAUGACCUCCCGGGCCAGGAGGUGCUGAGCAAGCUGGGCGGGUUCCUGGUGGCCCAUGUCUGGGGGCAACUCAUGGGCACCUCCGCCCUGGUGCUGGAUCUGCGGCACUGCACGGGGGGCCACGUCUCUGGCAUCCCCUACGUCAUCUCCUACCUGCACCCGGGGAACACUGUCGUGCACGUGGACACCAUCUAUGACCGUCCUUCCAACACAACCACGGAGCUCUGGACCCUGCCCCAGGUGCUGGGGGAGAGGUACAGCGCUGACAAGGAUGUGGUGGUCCUCACCAGCGGCCGCACGGGGGGUGUGGCUGAGGACAUCGCCUACAUCCUCAAGCAGAUGCGCAGGGCCAUCCUGGUGGGUGAGCAGACCGUUGGGGGCGCCCUGGACCUGCAGAAGCUAAGGAUAGGCCAGUCUGACUUCUUCCUCACCGUCCCCGUGUCCAGAUCCCUGGGGCCCCUGGGCGGGGGCAGCCAGACGUGGGAGGGCAGCGGCGUGCUGCCCUGCGUGAGGACACCAGCCGAGCAAGCCCUGGAGAAGGCGCUGGCCAUCCUCACCCUGCGCCGCGCCCUGCCGGGGCUGGUCCGCCGCCUACAGGAAGCCCUGCAGGAAUACUACACGCUGGUGGACCGUGUGCCCGCCCUGCUGCAUCACCUGGCCACCAUGGACUUCUCCACGGUGGUUUCUGAAGAAGACCUGGUCUCCAAGCUCAAUGCCGGGCUGCAGUCCGUGUCUGAGGACCCCAGGCUCCUGGUGCGUGCCAUGGGGCCCAGAGAAACUGCUUCUGGGCUCGAGGCGGCAGUUGAGGACCCUCCAGAGGCAGCCCCCACGAUACCUCAGGACGAGGCUGCCUGGCAGGUGCUGGUGGACUCCGUGUUCCAGGUGGCGGUGCUGCCGGGCAACGUGGGUUACCUGCGCUUUGACAGGUUUGCUGAGGCCUCUGUACUGGAGGCCCUGGGCCCGCAGGUGCUGCGGCAGGUGUGGGAGCCCCUGCAGGACACGGAGCACCUCAUCAUGGACCUGCGCUACAACCCCGGGGGGCCCUCCUCCGGCUUGCCCCUGUUGCUCUCCUACUUCCAGGGCCCCGAGGACAGCCCCGUGCGCCUCUUCACCACCUACGACCGCCGCACCAACAUCACGCAGGAGCACCUGAGCCACACGACGCUGCUGGGCCCCCGCUACGGCAACCAGCGCGGGGUGUACCUGCUCACCAGCCACCGCACCGCCACUGCCGCCGAGGAGUUCGCCUUCCUCAUGCAGUCCCUGGGCUGGGCCACGCUGGUGGGCGAGAUCACGGCCGGCAGCCUGCUGCACACCUGCACGGUGCCGCUGCUCGGAACCCCGGAGGGCGGCCUGGUGCUCACCGUGCCCGUGCUCACCUUCAUCGACAACCACGGCGAGGGCUGGCUGGGCGGCGGCGUGGUGCCCGACGCCAUCGUGCUGGCCGAGGAGGCCCUGGACAGGGCCCAGGAGGUGCUGGAGUUCCACCGCAGUCUGGGUGCCCUGGUGGAGGGCACGGGGCACCUGCUGGAGGCCCACUACGCACGGCCCGAGGUGGUAGGGCAGGCCAGCGCGCUGCUGCGGGCCAAGCUGGCCCAGGGGGCCUACCGCACGGCCGUGGACCUGGAGUCGCUGGCCUCGCAGCUCACGGCCGACCUGCAGGAGGUGUCCGGGGACCACCGCCUGCUGGUGUUCCACAGCCCGGGUGAGCUGGUGGCCGAGGAGGUGCCCCCACCGCCCCCUGCUGUCCCCUCCCUGGAGGAGCUCUCCUACCUCAUCGAGGCCUUGUUCAAGACAGACGUGCUGCCCGGCCGGCUGGGCUACCUGCGCUUUGACGCCAUGGCCGAGCUGGAGACGGUGAAGGCCAUCGGGCCGCAGCUGGUGCAGCUGGUGUGGCAGGGGCUGGUGGACACGGCUGCGCUGGUGGUGGACCUGCGCUACAACCCGGGCAGCUACUCUUCGGCGGUGCCACUGCUCUGCUCCUACUUCUUCGCUGCCGAGCCCCGCCAGCACCUCUACUCCAUCUUCGACCGGGCCUCCUCCCGGCUCACGGAGGUGUGGACUCUGCCCCAGGUGGCCGGCCAGCGCUAUAGCCCCCACAAGGACCUCUACAUCCUGACGAGCCACACCAGCGGCUCGGCGGCCGAGGCCUUUGCUCAUACCAUGCAGGACCUGCAGCGGGCCACAGUCAUCGGGGAGCCCACGGCUGGAGGGGCACUUGCUGUGGGCAUCUACCAGGUGGGCAGCAGCUCCUUAUAUGCCUCCAUGCCCACCCAGACGGCCCUGAGCGCCACCACCGGCGAGGCCUGGGACAUGGCAGGCGUGGAGCCUGACGUCACGGUACCCAUGAGCGAGGCCCUCUCCACGGCCCAGGACAUCGUGGCCCUGCGUGCCAAGGUGCCCACGGUGCUGCAGACGGCCGGGAAGCUGGUGGCUGAUAACUACGCCUCCCCAGAGCUGGGGGCCCAAGUGGCCGCCAAGCUGAGCGGCCUGCAGAGCCGCUACUCGAGGGUGACCUCAGAAGUGGCCCUGGCCGAGAUGCUGGGGGCCGACCUGCAGCUGCUGUCGGGGGACCCACACCUGAAGACGGCCCACAUCCCCGAGGAUGCCAAGGAUCGCAUUCCGGGAAUCGUGCCCAUGCAGAUCCCCUCACCGGAAGUCUUCGAGGACCUGAUCAAGUUCUCCUUCCACACCAACGUGCUGGAGGACAACAUCGGCUACCUGCGCUUUGACAUGUUCGGGGACUGCGAGCUGCUCACCCAGGUCUCCGAGCUGCUGAUAGAGCACAUCUGGCAAAAGAUCGUGCACACUGACGCCAUGAUCAUGGACAUGAGGUCAGUGAGCCCAGCCGGGUCGCAGCCAGGGACGUGGCAGAGGAGCCGGGAGGGACCCGGCCGCCUGCAGGGCAGCUAUGGGAUUCAGGGCUUUCGGCGCGUGCUUGCCUACAAGAUCUCUUAUUCUCAAGAGAUUAAUGCUCUGAGUGACACGGACACACAGAAUUCUGAAGGGUUCAACAUCGGUGGCCCCACCUCCUCCAUCUCCGCCGUGUGCUCCUACUUCUUUGAUGAGGGCCCACCAAUUCUACUGGACAAGAUCUACAGCCGGCCCAAUGACUCCAUCAGCGAACUUUGGACCCACACCAGGCUCGCAGGUGAACGCUACGGCUCCAAGAAACCUGUGGCUAUUCUGACCAGCAGCCUGACGGCCGGUGCCGCAGAGGAGUUCACCUACAUCAUGAAGAGGCUUGGCAGGGCCCUGGUGGUCGGGGAGGUGACCAGCGGGGGCUGCCAGCCGCCACAGACCUACCAUGUGGACGACACCCACCUCUACAUCACCAUCCCCACGGCGCGCUCCGUGGGGGCGGCAGACGGCAGCUCCUGGGAAGGGGUGGGCGUGACGCCCCACGUGGCUGUCCCUGCAGACACGGCUCUCACAAGAGCCAAGGAGAUGCUUCAGCACAGCCUGCUGAGGGUGAGGCGCAGCCCCGGCCUGUAG